AUGAAGUUCGAUCGCAUUCUCUUCGGAGCGCGAUAUUUUGUGUUUAUAAUUUAUUUGCUCUGUGAUUCGGAGGCUCUUUUUAAAUUCAUCAACAUCAAGUGCAACUGUUUUGAGCAAUCCUUUUGCGAGUUUAAAAACUGUGAACUGAAGGUCCUGGGACGCGGCAUAGUGGGUCUAAAUUUGUACGCCAAAGUCAACCAGCUACCUAUUAAGAAGACAAAGGUUGUUUUGGCUCUAUUCCGAAGAUUCAAUGGCUAUAGACCAUUCCUGUUCAAUGUCAGUGUGGAUUUAUGCUUCUUUUUAAAGCACAAGAAACGCUUUCCCUUCGUCAAUUUGGUCUACGAAGGCAUUCAAAACUUCACCAAUGCCAAUCACAGCUGUCCCUUUAAUCAUGACAUAAUUGUAGAUCGCAUGGUUUUGGAUGAUAAAAUGAUCAGUAAGGCUCCGGUUCCCAAUGGAUUUUAUAAAUUAUCCAUUAAUGUUCAAACUGAUGGGAUUUGGCGGGGCGAAGUCGAUGUCCAUGCUGAGGUUAAUCUGGGUUUUGAACGAUAA